AUGUCGCCAUCGUCCACCGACCUAUACGACCUCACAAUAGCAUCGCAUCUCAUCGUAGAGCAAUUCCUCGUCUCGCAAGGCUACGCCUCGUCCGCCUCGCAACUCCGCCUCGAUGCAGCAGCCUCCGGCCUGCACCUCCCCACGCUCAGCCCCACGGACGGUGCGGACCCGUCGCUCGACCUGCGCCAUCUCGUCGAGACGUACCGCUCCGGUCUCCGCGCAGACGAGCGCAAGCGCAAAGCCGAACAGCUAGCAGCGACGCAUUCUACGCGCGCACUCGUCGACCCGCUCACCCUCACUCUCCCUGGCCCCGCGACCCUUCCUUACAAGCUUGAGCGGACACACUCGACACUGCACGCUUCCAACAUCCUCUCGAUCGCAAAGCUGUAUCUGGCACGCAGGGCGUUCGACACACGCGCCGCGCGCUACGUCAACUCGGUGCACGAGUGCCUCGUGACGACAGCGGCAGACAAACGCAUUGUGUUUUCGAACGCGCAGACGGGCGAGGUGGAGGAGAUGCUCGAGGGCGGGCAUCAGGCGGCGGUGCUGUGUGUUGCGCAAGACCCGAUGGAUGCGCGGUGUCUGGUGAGUUGCGGGAUGGAUGGCAAAGUGGUGGUGUGGGAUCUGUUGACCAGGAGGCCAAUUCAGACGUUGACCGAGCAUGCCAAGUUUGUGGUCAAGGUGGCCGUCAGUGAGACGGGAGAGUAUAUGGCGAGCAUUGGGUACGAUAAGAAGGUCGUUGUGUAUCGUAGGAUCACGCAGACUUCUUUUGCUGCGACGAGAGGCGACGUAGAGGAGGAAGAGGAGGAGGCGGAAGUGGAAGAACUGCAGGGACCGAGGUACGAGAAAGCGUUCGAGAUGGAAACGCAGACCAACCCGGAAGCUAUCCUUUUCGUUCGAGCCGGUUUGGCUCCCGAUGCCAGCGAGCAAGCUAUAGAAUCGGCUGCAGCUACCACGGCCGCCACGACCACCAGCAGUAGCGACAGUAAUGGAAGCGAGCUGGUCAUCCACGAAGCUAAAGACAAACGCACCUGGCUAUGCUUCACUGUCCGAAACGACUCGUUCAUCCACUACAUUGCGCUGCCCACCUCCGCCGACGCGUCCUCCUCCUCCUCUCCCAUUGACGAUCUCAGCUCCUCCCUCUCGCGCACCAGUAUCGACGCCAAGACCGCGGAAGCAGUUGCGGACUGGACACUGCACAGCUUCAACACGAACCCGAACCCACACGAUCUGCACGUAUCCUACUCGCUCCUCUCGCUCUCGCUGCAUCCGUCGGGGCUGUACAUGUGCGUGCAGACGGGCGACCACACCUCGCCCGCGCUGGCCUCGACUUCUUCGGCGGCGACGGCGACGGGCUCGCUCUCGCGGCUGCUCCUGCUGCGCCCGCUGUCGUCGCGGCGUGCCGCGACCAUCUGGACGGGAGUUGCGACCAGCUCGUACGCUGUACCACGCCAUGCGUGGCUGCCCUCGGGGAGGGGGUGCUGGCUAAACGCCGAGGACGGCGUGUUGCGGCUGGUCGAUUUGAGGGGCAGGACGAGAGCGUCGGUCCUGGCGCAUGGCGUGACGGCAAGAGAGCAUGCGGAGGGGCAGCACGCGGAGGGCGCGGCGGCUGUGAGUUGGAGCAGGGGCGGCAAUACCAUUGUCAAGGACGUGGUGGUGCUAGACGAGGGCAGGGUGGCCAGUUGCGGGUUCGACCGCACGGUGAGGGUCGUUGCUCUCGCUGAUGCGGUUGGCGCUGUUUGA